AUGGAACAUUCAUCUCCACUGGCCGCUAUGCAGCCCCCAUCCAUGAUGUUUGGUCACUGUUUCCGGGCUGAUGCCCCCACGUCAUACCCGUCCUUGUCGGGAUUCAACCAGAAUAGCUUCAACUUCAAGGAUCUGUCUAUGAAGAAGUCCGGGCCCGAUUACUUCAAUAUGAACCCCCUCCAUACCUCGUCGCCUGCAGCUAGUCUGGCAGCCGACCUGUCGCAAAACUUCCACAUCGAUCAGAGCCCGCAGUUGGCUACGCCCCGACGGUCUUUGUUCUCGUCCAAUAUCCUGGGCCAAACGAAUUCCUAUGACGACGUGAUGACAACCCCUCCCCUCCCUGCCUCCUCGCCCGCUCCCGCUAUGGACGUCAUGGAAAUGUCGCCGCUGCCGCAUAAGAAGCCUGCCUAUGUAGUGACUACUGAGAUCGAAGUGCACUCUCCUUCACCUUUGGCUAGUCCGAUCUGCUCGCCUUCCUUCUCCGCCGCUCCCAGCCCGCUACAGGCCUCGCCAAUGGAAGCUCCUGCCGAACGUCGUCGACCUCACUUCCUUCGCCCCAGUCUGGCCAAGAGCAAGGCCCAGUCCUUCCAGCUCGGUAUGACCCGUCCUGCGCAGGAGAGCAAGGCACCCCCAUUCCGCUUCAACUCUGCGAAGACCUCAUUGAGCACGUCGACCUCCCUGGAAGACAUGUUCGGUGACUCUCCCCCUCAAGAGAGAUCUAUCUCUCGCAACUCCUCGUCGAGUAGCCUGGCCCCGCCUCGCCUGCGGCCGCCUUUCUCUCACGCCCGUAGCAGCGGAUCGCCUGCCAACUCCAUCCGCAAGCCCGCUCACCCCUUGAUGCGCCCACGCAAGCAGUGCCGCCGCUCAUUGAGUAUGUUCGAACACCCCGCCGACAUCAUCGCCGAAAAAGAGGCCAAGGUAACAACAAAUGCACCCCCACCGUCCAUCAAGUUCGCCCAGCCUACAGCUGCCUCACUUUGUUCCCGAGACAAGGCGGACUCACUGCCUCGCAUUAACCAGACCACCCUCCUGGAGGUUCUGGAUGGGAAGUUCAACGAUCAAUUCGACAAUGUGAUUAUUGUCGACUGUCGGUUCGAAUACGAAUAUGAGGGCGGCCACAUUGACGGCGCUAUCAACUACAAUGACAAGGACGCACUGGCGGGUGAUCUCUUCGAUGCUCCUAAAGCUCGCACCGCUCUAAUCCUGCACUGUGAAUACUCCGCGCACCGCGCACCCAUUAUGGCCAAGUACAUUCGUCACCAAGACCGCGCGGUCAAUGUCGAUAUUUAUCCCAAUCUUACAUACCCGGACAUGUACAUUCUGGACGGCGGCUACAGCUCGUUUUUUGCUGAGCACCGUUCAUUCUGUUACCCACAAAACUACGUCGAGAUGAAUGACAAAGAGCACCAGUUCGCCUGCGAGCGCGGACUCGGUAAGGUCAAGCAACGUUCCAAGCUGAACCGUGCCCAGACUUUCGCCUUUGGUCAACACUCGCCUCAGAUGGAGGAUAGCCCGACUGGCCGCUGCCGCAAUGAUCGCGCAGAUCGCCUCCUCUCGUCCCCCUUCGCGGAAAGCCCCGUACCUCAUCGCACCCCCGGCCGCCGUAUGCUCUCUUACUGA